AUGCAACUGUCUUCCAAAAGUCAUUGGUUGCCACGCAUGACAAUUCCGACGGAAAAGAAACGACAGUUGGACCAAGCGGCCAUCAACUGCACUAUCUCAGAUGCCCGGCCGUGGGGUGAUUUCAAACGAUCUGGAAUGGCUAAUUUUUUAUCUGUGGCUGUGCCCGGUUACACCGGUCCGUCGAGUAGGACAGUUCAACGGAUGUUAGCCAAACUGUAUUUCCAGAAGCAAGAAGAUUUCAAAAUCGAACUGGCGAAAGUGCCAAAUGUAUCGAUUACGGCUGAUUUGUGGCAAAAUGCAAGGCGUCGUCAUUACUUGUGUAUGACAGUUCAUUGGCUCGAUUCCAAUUUCCAUCUCAAAGGAAAGGUGCUCAGCUUUCGUAAAUUCAAAGGGCGCCAUCUUGCAAUUCGCAUUCGUCUUCAUAUGAAACGAAUUAUUGCUCAAUAUGAUUUGCUCAACAAAAUCACAGCAUCAACAACAGAUAAUGGAUCAAACAUAAAAGCAGCUACGGGACAGAUCCGUUUCUUUGGUGUUCGAUUUCAUUGUUUAGCUCACGCGUUAAACCUCACAAUUCACAAAGGUUUACAUCUUUGGCCAAAAAAGACAAAAUCAACAACCGGAACUCAAAAUGUUUCCGAUGAAAACAACGAAUCAAUCGACUUUGCAGACGAUGAUGCUUCAGAUGAUGAGAUCGCAAGUGAUCAAAAUGAUGAACAAGCGGAGUCAGAUCGAAGCAGUGAUGGAGAAGACGACGACGACGAACAAUUCGAUCGAGAUGAUGACUCAUCAGCAUCAUCGUCAUCAGACAAUGACGAUGACACAGCAGAUUUUUCAUCGCCAUUGCAGAUGCACGACAUCGGUAUUCUAAUGGAGAAAUGCCGAACAAUCAUUACAACUAUUCGAAAGUCCAGUAUUCUUUACGAGACCGUUCAUACUCUCGCCAUUGAUUCGUCGAUAAAGGCCGGUCUUAUUAUUGACAUGCGCAUUCGUUGGAACUCUUCCUAUAAGAUGCUUCAGAGAUUAUUGCUCUAUCAAAGUGUGCUCGACAAGCUAUAUGAUCAGCUCGAUUCGUUACCUGGCAUCACGGACAAACAACGAAAUAAACUUUUCGAUGCAAAAUUGUCAGGAGCGGAUUAUAAUAUGAUUCAGUCUCUGCGACGUGUCUUAGAACGAUUCGACGAGGCAAUCAAAGUUUUAUCUGGACAAAAGUAUCCAACUCUAUCGUUGACCUAUGCAAUUGUGUUCAGCCUCUUACAUUAUCUUAACUACCAAUCCGCCGAUGUACUCGACAACGAGAUCAAAGAUUUGCUUCUCGACUCAUUCAAUAAAUACAUGAUUCGCGACGGUAAAGAAAUGGCAUUAAUUCGAGUGUCGGCUUUACUCGAUUCAGUUAUUAACGAUUUGCUCACACCCGAAGAUAAACAAGCCGCUGAAACAUUCAUCAUCAAGGAGGUAAUCGUCAAAUUUGCAUCUUGUUGAAGAAAUAAUUAUUCUGAUUGUUCACGAGAACAACUUUUUGUUCGAAAGAGCUAGGUUGAUUUAUAGAGAAAAUUUUCCAUGUAUUGAUACGCGGCUUUAUUCACAAGUAUCCAUUGGUACAAAAUAUUCUUGAGC